AUGUCUGGAAGAGGAAAGGGAGGAAAAGGACUCGGUAAAGGAGGCGCCAAGCGUCACCGUAAAGUUCUCCGUGAUAACAUCCAGGGAAUUACCAAGCCCGCUAUCCGUCGUCUGGCUCGCCGUGGUGGAGUCAAGCGUAUCUCUGGUCUCAUCUAUGAGGAGACCCGCGGAGUGUUGAAGGUCUUCCUGGAGAACGUCAUCCGUGAUGCCGUCACCUACACCGAGCACGCCAAGAGGAAGACAGUCACCGCCAUGGAUGUGGUCUACGCUCUCAAGAGACAGGGACGCACUCUGUACGGCUUCGGAGGUUAA